AAAAAAAUGUUUUUGGUUUUGCAUGAAUCUGGGAUAUUCAUCACUUCAUGUUGCCACUGCUUUGUGCUUCUAGUGUGUGAUAUGCUUCAAAGUGGUGAACUGGCCAAAUAUCCCCUGGCGCUCAUUGACAAAAUUCUUAGUGUCUAUGGACCUAAUGAAGGCUGUGCUUAUGACAUUGGAUGCAUGUUCUCAAAGAUGUUGAGCAGCAGUUCCUUGGCACCUCAGGUGGAUGAGCUUGGCUUCCAAAUGAUGGUUGGUGCCUUUCAUGGCCAUGCCCACAACCAAAAAUGUCAGUUAUGCUGGCAUCCAUUGCAUAUUCUCAGCACCAGGCAUAGUGAAGGCAAAGGCUGUGAACACAUCUUCUCAGCUUCGAAUGAACUUGCUUGGUCCACCAGACAUGCAAGUUUGUUUCAUUGGUACCAAUCUAUCGAAGAACAUUUUAUCUUUUGGGAUAAGGACAAAUAUGCUGCCCUAAGUGCGUAA